GAGAGCAAAAGAGAGCGAGGGAGCCUAAGUGCGAGAUGGUAACGACAGAGGACUGAAUAUUCACUUGAUGGGAAAGCAGCUAGUCGCUUUUCUUUCUCAGGAGCAGCGGGAUACGUCUCUGCGCACGGGUGUAUGGAGUAGCCUCCAUGCUUGCUUUCAGACCAUUUUUCUUCCGUUACUUCAACGCGUGUUUGUCUUCAUCUGUAUAAGUCAGACAGGGGGGCUUUUGUUGUUGCGGAGCGCAUCUCGGGCUUGGAACUGAACUGGAACAAUCUCUUUGCAAAGUGCAAAUACUUUUCCCCGUGGGACCUAACGUGUGUCUUUUGAAAUGUUCGUCGGACGGAGGUCGUGUUGGAGGCAGUUGCAGGCGUCCUUUUUCAGGCUACUUUGUCUUAUUCCCACAGGAUUCCCCGUCCGGAGUGUGGAUAUGCAACGCCCGACCGACAACGUUACCGUGCGUCAGGGUGAUACAGCUGUAAUCAGGUGUUACGUGGAUGACAGAGUGUCCAAAGUGGCCUGGCUCAACCGCUCCAACAUCAUCUUCGCAGGCCAGGACAAGUGGUCCCUGGACCCUCGCGUGGAGCUUGUGACCAAGGGACAGCUGGAGUACAGCCUGCGCAUCCAGAAGGUGGACGUGUACGACGAGGGCCAGUACACGUGCUCCAUCCAGACCAAGCAGCGCGCGCGCACCUCUCAGGUGUUCCUCAUCGUGCAAGUUCCUGCAAACAUCUACAAAGUGUCGGAGGACAUCACUAUAAACGAGGGCAGCAACAUGACGCUGACCUGUCUCGCCAGCGGUCGGCCUGAUCCCAUGAUUACCUGGCGCCUCCUAAACCCGUCAGCGGAGCCGUUGGAUGGCGAGGAGUACCUGGAUAUAUCAGGGAUAACACGAACCCAAGCUGGACGAUACGAAUGCAAAGCCAGCAAUGAUGUAGCCUCACCAGAUGUCAAAUAUGUCAAUGUGGUUGUCAAUUAUCCUCCCUUCAUCAAAGAUGCCAAGAACUCGGACCCUCAAGUGGGCCGCAUGGGCGUCCUCCAGUGUGAGGCCUCCGCCGUCCCCAAGCCCGAGUUUGAGUGGUACAGAGAUGAAAAGAGGUUAUCUAACGGCCAAGGCCUCAGCAUCCAGAUGAUGGGGACCCGUACCCUCCUGUUGGUAUCCAACGUCACAGAGGAGGAUUAUGGGAACUACACGUGCGUUGCCACCAACAGGCUGGGCAUCCACAAUGCCAGCGUCUUUCUCUACAGACCUGGGACCGGUAAAGACAUCAACGGUGCGGUUGCGGUCACUCACUCACUGUGGCUCCUCCUGGGCUCCCUCUCCUGCCUUCUACUCAAAUGUUAAUAAGAGUAAAAUGCCCCCUGCCCCCUGCCCUUGCCCCGAUGCCCCUUCCUGCCCAGACGUCCCCUCCCUGCCCCGACACCGACAACAUUACAUCCAGACUGUUUGCAUAAUCUUGCCAACCUUACCAGUGUGCUGCUGGCCACCUCCUAGUUACACUUACCAAUUUAAGAGAGCAGAAGCUACUAGAAUGGGCUAUUAAUAUGUUUUAGUAACAAAAAGAACAAAAGAAAACGUGUUGAAAUGUGAUGGUGAGUUUGAGCAAAAGACAGAAAAAAAAACAGUGCUCUUCUUAAGAAUGGAUUAUUGUUAAUUAUUUGUUUGUUUGGUUGACUUGUUUGUUUGUUUUGCUUUCUCUUUUUCAACUGUAAUCGUUAUGUUUUGGUUUUCCGGUUGCAUUGGCUCAACGUGUUCUGUCUUUGUUGCCAGUUGGUGUUCUGUGGUGCGCUGAGUUUUCACAAGGCAUGGGGUUUUUACAUCACACUUGGCAACUUUCAACAAAAUAGCUGACGUAUAGACACUGACCUCGCCUUCUCUCCAGAAAUUGUAAACCCUGCCAACCCCUCAAGCUUGUGCUGCUAUUUGUCACAAGCGCAACUGUUAGCUUUCUCUCAGAAGCAUAAUAACCACAUCUUUAUCUGCCAAAUAUCAGUAAAAGAAAUAAACAGUAGAUAAAUAUAGAUACAGCACAUCCACCCAGAGAACAAAUAGUUGGAGGGUUGGAGUACAGGAAGAGUUCGCUAGUUUGCAUUCAUUAUCUACUUUCAGGCUAACAGGAGAAAUCUCUGUGUGGUUUUCAUCGCAUUACCACAACUGGUCGCGUCCUAACAGGCUUCAUUUGAAGUGGAGACAUGUUUUGGCUGCCUUGUUGCCAUUGCCCAGAAGGGGAAGAAUAGACAUAGCAUGGUAGAUGUGGCAAAGACUUCAAGCCAUGACUGCAUUCUACAGCCCCCAAAAAUGCCCACUCUGUGGGGGGGGGGGUGAUGGUGAUGAAUAUCACUUUUCUCUCCCAGAAGUGAAUAUUAGGGACUGAUUGUACCCUUUCUGCUUCUACACUUUACUUGGCUUCGAUGCCAUCCAGCCCAGUGUCAGAGCGUUAUAGAAAGGGCCCUAUGUUCCCUGCUCCCAAGAAAAAGCUGAAAUACAGAUAGACUUUUUGGAAUCGGGAAAACAUACUCGUUACUCGUGAUACCAAUGAAUGGUCAGCUUCUAUUUAUCAAUCUGUUUUUGUUUUGUUUUUUCUUAGUUUUAUUGUUUGCUUGUUUUGCAUAUGGAAAUUCACAAUAUAUAUUUUUCAGCCAUUACAGUCUGUGACAGUAUGUAAAUAUAUAUACUUGAAUCCAAUGUCCUUAUAAAAAAAAGAAAAAUUUAAUAUAUGUCCAUGUUUCUAAAUUAAUAGAUAGUCAUUUAUUGCGGAUUAACUCGUAGGUGCCUACGAAGGCUGAAGAAAAAGAAGGCAUAGUUUAAUACAGUCGGUGCAUUCAGUGUAUGUUUCCAAUGACCGAUAGAUGGGCCUUUGGAUCCUAGGCAUCUUUAUUUUUUUUCUUCAUAGAAUGUAAGCAUUUCAGUAAACUAAGGAUUUGAGAUACAUAGCUAGAAUGACAGUGAGCUGAAUGCCAAAACAAUCUGAAAGCAUCUCAUCUAAAAUCUUAACAUCUAACAAUACAGAAGCCAUCACCCACAUAAGAUGAGUCAGUAUGAGAAUAACUUUCAAAAAGCUACAGAACAUGUGUGUAUGUAUCUGUGUGUGUGUGUGUGUGUGUGUGUGUGUGUGUGUGUGUGUGUGUGUGUGUGUGUGUGUGUUGUGUGUUCAACGUACGCAAUGCACAUUUAACAUGGUUUGAUUUCACACCUAACAAAUACAAGUCUCUGUCCAAAUCAGGCCAAGACUAAUCUCCCGGUUUAGGUUAGGAGGGCAUUUUUCUUAAUCUCCUAACCCAGGGAAGGAAUCCACCACUCUUCUGAUGAAAAUCCACCUCUCCUCAUUCAGCAAGCCUUCAGAGGUUGGGCUUUGAUGCCUUGUGUGAAGUGAAUAUGUCACAUCCCAAAAAUGCAGAGCAUCCAUCUGUUUUAGAUAGCACAUGGCUAAAGAGUAGACUGUAGUAGUAAUAGGCUGAUGGAACUGAUCUUAUAAGCACUGAUCUAUCCCUGUAUGGGACUUGGGGGAGACUGUGUGUGUGUGUGUGUGUGUGUGUGUGUGUGUGUGUGUGUGUGUGUGUGUGUGUGUGUGUGUGUGUGUGUGUGUGUGUGUGUGUGUG